AUGUAUCUCAUCAACACCACCACUAUCAAGGUCCGCCCAUUCUAUGGCAAAAUCCCUAAGUAUGUUAUCCUGUCACAUACCUGGGGUGACCACGAAGUUACGUUCGAAAGCAUGCAAAGGCCUAGUGAACGCACAAAAGCCUCAAAUGGUUACAUAAAGAUUAAGAAAUGCUGUGAGCAAGCGAAACAAGAUGGCUAUCGAUGGGCCUGGGUAGAUACUGGUUGCAUCGACAAGAGAAGCAGUGCUGAGCUCUCAGAAGCAAUCAACUCAAUGUACAGGUACUACUGGGAGGCUGAGAAGUGUUACGCAUAUCUCACCGAUGUUGGUGAUGGGAACUCUGGGAACGUAAGAGACGAAACAACUUCAUUUCUUAAAGUGCCAGGUAUCGGAGAGAAGCGGGGGUGGGAGUACGUUAUGUAUGGGAGCAUGCCCGUCCUUGGAGAUGAUAUUAUAGAACCGAGUGUAAAACUACCACAAUCGGUUCGGCCAGAGAGAGAGAUAUUCCAAUUCCUCAACUCAAGAUGGUUCAAGCGAGGCUGGACACUCCAAGAGCUCCUUGCUCCAGAGACAAUUGAGUUCUAUGAUCAGGAGUGGAACAUGAUUGGUACGAAGUUUAGUUUGGCGACCUUCAUCCAAGCAGCAGCCGAGGUUCGGGUCCAGUACAUUUUAGACAGAAACGCCAUUAGAGGGGCAAGUAUAGGACUUCGACUCAGCUGGGCAUCCCAGAGGGAGACUACACGAGACGAGGAUCAAGCUUAUUGUUUGUUCGGGAUCAUGGGGGUCAACAUGCCGCUUCUUUACGGAGAAGGGAAGCGAGCGUUUUACCGACUGCAAGUCGAACUUCUCAAGAAUACCAUGGAUCAUACCAUAUUCGCGUGGUCAUUGGGCUCUAUGUUUGACCCUGGACCAAGAAACCCAUGCCAAUUUGUUGGGAUUCUAGCAGCAACACCAAGGGAUUUUCAAAGCACGCAAUUGGCCGACAUCCGGCCAGGACUACCGCAGACAAUACAAGGUAGCACACACGAUGUUACAAAUGCGGGACUUCGUAUCAUUCUUCCUUGCGUCGUCGAAGGACCUGACACACUCCUCGCACUGCUGAAUUGUCAGCACGACAGAACUGGGCAGCUUUUUCUUCGAUUAAGACAACUAGAUGAUCAGCGCUUUAUGAGACAUCAAGACCAAGGAGGAUAUUCUUCAGUCUUCACUCAAGAUAUGAGACUAGAACCUAGGGAAUUAUAUAUUCUCAUGGAACCGGAAACCUCCUUAAGCCUCAAAAACCUCAAUGAUGAAGAGGUUGUGGAACACAGGACCUGUGCGCUGAUUGUCGGAAAACUGGAUUUCGCGGGAAUGUCAGUUAAUAAAGUGGUCGCUUUCCAACGAGAUUUCAUGUCGGGGUCGGAACUGCGUUGGGGAGACGAUUUUGAUGUGUUGUCCUUCAAAUACCUAUCCUCAAUUAAUAGCGUAGGGGUAGGAAUCGUCUACGGUGGAGUUAGUCUCACGAUCAUCUUUGGUCAUCGGCAUGGGAGUCCAUGGUUAGAUGUCAUUAAACCGAGUGGGCAAGCGACGUUGUUUACACACUCCUCAGGGCCUGCACACAAACUGGAGACGGAUCCAGAAUUCAGAACACACGUCGUAAACAAAAUGGGAGACCUGGAAACAGCGAUGAAAGUGGGUCUGCCUUCAGAGUUUUGCCGAGAUCAUGCAGUGGUUUAUCUCGAUUCCACUGACACACUUGAGGUUCAGGUCAGAAGGACACUGUCAGACGACCAAUGGCGAACCCGCUGGCAGCUGGGAGUAACAAGGCGUCUUUGA